CAAUAUGAGAAAUGACAAGAUACCUUGUUAUUUGCAUGGACCAUGAUGUCCGAAGUAAAUAACGAUGUCGAAUGAGGACUCGAACCGCCACGAUCCUUUCGACUCCUUGCUGUCGCUUGAGGACCAAUACUACAACGAAGGCUACAACCUAGGUGUUGCGGACGGUACCCGCUCUGGCCGCAUCGAAGGUCGACUCUUUGGACUGGAGAAAGGCUUCGAGAAGUUUGCAGAGCUUGGCAGACUCAAUGGCAAAGCUGCUGUCUGGCACGCGAGGUUACCUCGCGGCAAUAAUGUAGCCGAUUCUGGAAGAAGCGAGUCCCUCGAGCAACCGAAGGAUUUUGCGACUGUGCAGAGUUUGAAUGGUAGCGAGCGACUCAAGCGCCAUAUUGAUCGGCUUCUCGAGCUUACUGAACCGGACAGUCUUGAGACGAAGAACACUGAAGAAGCGGUCAAUGACUGCGACGAGCGGUUGGCUGGCGCGAAGGCUAAAGCUACGUUGAUCGCAAGGAUCGUUAGUGAGGAUGUGCCACAGCCUUCCACCAGCAACGGGAAUGUUGGGAACGAGGAGACCGAGAUCACACGAUCGGCGACUUCCAAGCCAAGAGUGGCUCUGUGA